AAAAAAACACAAGCAGCGAGUCUGAGUUCGUCUCUUUCCACUGACAUUUAACAGUUUUUCUGCGCGUUUCAUGCAAGCGUAAAGGGCAGCACGGGGGAUUUACGGCGAGAAGAGAUGUCAUGUCGAACGAGCUGGAGCAGCACGGCCCUCUCCGUUCCUCGCAUCUCCAUCGCGUUCAUCCUCCUCGUGUCUCGGGCCUGUGAAUCGCUGGGUAACAGCGGCACAGCGGCUUGCGAGAGCAUCCGAGUUGCCGGCAGCCAUCGAGCUGUUUCGAAAGCUGCCGAAGAGGACGUGUGGGAGGGGAGGGAGCUGGGGAGAGGGGGAGGACGCAGUGAAAGCCGGGGAUGUCUCACAUGGCUCCCCCUCAAUGCUUUCCACCGCCUCGCCAGGUUUCUCUCUCAGGGCUCGCUCUGCGUGGUAUCUGCGUGCCUUGCCAGGGUUGUGACUAACCAGGGAUUCCUCUGCCCGGGGGCCUUUCCCUCGGCCGGGGGCAGCGGACGGGAGAGCGGUGCCGUCCGGGUGCUUUCCUCCUCGUGUCCCGACACUCUCGCUAAGCGCCGAGGCCACGCCAAGCCCGGACUCACGUCGCAGAGCGCGGCGCGGCCCUUCAAACGGGAAGCGAGGUUUCUGCUCUUUUCAAGGCGGAGAAGAAAGCAAGGCAGAGAAGCGGAGCAUGAAAGAGGGGAAACCUCAGGGUACAAGAUGUGAAGGGAGUGACAGGCCAGAAGACAAAAUGAAAACUUCAGGAGGACUCAUUGUCUUGGUGACCAUUGUGACCUCUACAGCAUGGACCCAUGCCGCGGUGGAUGUGAUUGGUCAGGAGGGACACUCCGUCACACUCGACAACGGAGAAAAAACAUCUGAAGUGACCUGGAGUUUUAGAAACGACGAGAAAAGCGAGUAUCAAGUGGUGAUCUCGGCGACGUCUAGCGUCCGGAGAUCCGGGGAUGGCUGGAAGGAGAGGGUUUCUAUGGCCUCUGCCAACGUGUCUCUCAUCAUCAAAAACCUGAAAAAAGAGGAUUUUGCCUUCUUCAGGUGUAAGACAAAGAGCGGAAAGGAAACUGUCUACAGACUCUACAGCGCCACAGUUGUUUCUACUCCAGGCUCUACUGUCCUAGCUUCUCAGUCACUCUCUUUGAGGUGUGAAGUGGACUCGUCUCUCAAGCCCACCUUCGAGUGGCUGAGCCCUCAGAACCAGAGGAUUUCGGAGACGUCGAACACGCUGACAGUGCCCAGCGUCACACUGGAUCACAGUGGCUCCUGGACUUGUGUCAUUUCACUAAAUGGGAGAAAGGCAAACAUCUUUGUCUCAGUCAGCGUAGCCGACAUCAACCACCCUCAUCAUGAAAUCAUCUACACCUCGGUCUCCUCAACCACCCUCCCCCUCCGCUGUUUCGUCUCCUUGGAUCUGUCUCAACUUUCGUCCGUUGGACUACAGGAGGGUCACUGGAGCUUUCGGUCAUUUCUUCGCGAGCGGGAUUCGCAGAAGAUCAUUUCGCUCUCAGAAGAUCUUCUGAAGCCUUCCUGGGAGGAGCAGCAGAACAAGAACUGGAUCAUAAGCCAGAACCUCCUCCAAAAGAACCUGUCCAUCGCGAGAAAGGUGGUUCUUGAGGAGGACGCAGGGCUCUACACCUGCGCCCUGAAAUUCAAAAAUGACAUCAUCAGAAAACGGACAGUACAAGUGGAGGUGCUGAGAGCUUCGUCCUCCCGCGGCCUCAGUGUACCAGAGGGCCAAGAAGUGAACCUGACCUGUACCCUGAGCAACCCUUUGAGCGCAGACCUGCAUGUGGAAUGGAUACCACCAUCCAAGUCCUCACUCAAGAAUCUGCCCACACGACUCCAGCAGGCCCACCUGACCAUCCAUAGGCCGACAACAGGGGACCAGGGCAAGUGGAAGUGCGAGCUGAAAAGGGGCACGGCUUUGGUCACCUCGGUGGAGCUGCUGUUGAAGAUAGAGAAAGUCCCGGUGAACAUGUGGCUCUUGGUGUCCAUCUGCGGGGCGGUGGUUGCCUUUCUCCUCCUCUCUUUCCUCAUCAUGAUGCUCAUCCGACAAUACAAACAGAGGGUCAGGCUCAGGAGGAGACGGCGGAAGAUGAAAUAUUGCUGCUGCAAACAUCCUCAGCCGAAGGGUUUCUACAAGACCUGAGCGACGGAGAGGUCCCUGGAUGCGUGUCUCUUCAUCAAAGGCCAUCCCCUCCGUUUCGGUCGCCAUCCUCUUGCGUUCAUGUACAUAAACGGCCCGAUGAUCAUGUAUUAUAUUAUUUACUUCUCAAUACAUUUAAAUGACAUCAUUGUAUAUUUUGUAGCAUUUUGCGUGUUAAUGUUUUUGACCGCUGUGAAUAAAGACUUUUAUCCGCCUAAAAAGUCUCUGUUUACCCGUGAUCUGUCUUUCUGGCGCUGCCAAUUUGGCCGGCAUCUCGGGUCUGUGUUUUUCGACAACAGGGGAACAAAACUGAUCAAUAAUUCAGCUUGUUCAUUAAGCCGCGAACUUCCUCGUCCGCACCGCUGGCCCACGCUCUCGCACGUUCCGGCACAUCCUGUCUUAAGUGGCGAUCCAGCUGCUGGUUACGUGCGUU